CAAAAAUCCGUAUCGGAUCAAAACACUGCCUCCUCUUCUGAUUCCAAAAAUUUCAAGUCACGCAAAAGAUUUAUUACACCAAAACAAAAACCCACAUCAGAGCAAAACACUGCCUCCUCUUCUGCUUUCAAAAAUUUCUCUACAUCAAAGCAAAAAUCCAUAUCGGAUCAAAACACUGCCUCCUCUUCUGCUUCCAAACAUUUCAAGUCUCGCAAAAGAUUUAUUACAUCGAAGCAAAAACCCACAUUAGAGCAAAACACCGCCUCCUCUUCUACUUUUAAAAAUUUCUCUACAACCAAAUUUAUUCCUGUAAACUUGACAAAUAAAACAUGGCCAACACCUGUAAAUUAUAAAGGCCAUUUUACUAACGGCAAAGUCUGGACUGAAUAUCUUGCUGAGCUACUCAAUAUUAAGUUAAUAAAUUAUGCUUUUGGUGGUGCUACUUCAAACAGCGACUUUAUUCAAGGACUUACUGGUCCUCAGGCUGAGUUCACAGUACCUGGAAUCAGACAACAGAUUGAAAUGUUUAUUUCUGCGAAUGCUAAAUCCACAAAGAAACAAAGAGAUUUUAGAAACGACUAUAUAUUUGAUAUGUCUGUAUCACCACUUGAGGCAGUCAAAUCUUUAAUGGACGCGCUCCGAUUUCUUUUAGAAUCAUUACCUACUAUUAAAACCAUUUUGAUACCUGAUAUGCCUGACCUAUCUCGAAGUCCUGCUUAUAACUCAAAAGAUGCAGAGGAAAAGAAGAAAAUUUCUGAAAUUAUCGAAACACAUAAUAAAUCCUUACUUGAAGACCUAAUCAAAUUAAGCAGAGAAACUGGUGUGAGAAUCAUUUAUUUAAAAUUCGAUAAAUUGUUGAAAGAAUUACAGACUGAAGAUGCUAUGAUCUUUUACGGGAUUAUAAAUGGGAAAGAUGCAGCUAAUAAUUUUUAUAAUCAAUCUUACUCAAAUACAAGUAACGAAAUUGGUGAUGAAAAAAAUUUAUUCUUUUUUUGGGACGAUUAUCACGUGACCACGGUAGUUCACGAAGCUUUAGCAAAUGUUUCCUUUGAAAUUUUAGAAAAUUUAAAUUCUCCACUUUUUAUAGGUAUAACUUUGGAUGAUUAUGCACAAUAA